AUGGCCAUUCCGCAGGGUCAGCCAAGUAUCGAUGAGGUCAAAGCCUCGGUCGAUGCAGCUUUGGACACGUUGCAGUCCUCUCUGAGAGGUCUUAAUCAUCAAAUCUGGUCAAACCCUGAAUUAGGGUAUCAGGAAUACAAAGCUCACGAUACUAUCUGUGAUUUUCUCGAGAAGCAAGGGUUCGACGUCACUCGCCAUGCGUACGGACUGGACACUUCCUUCGAGGUUACCAGCGGUUCUGGGGGGCGCUUGAUCAAUUUCAAUGCCGAAUACGAUGCCUUGCCUGCUAUCGGUCAUGCCUGUGGUCAUAACUUGAUCACGACGAGUAGCGUGGCAGCAUUCUUAGCUUUGUCUGCCAUUCUGAAACAAUACGGCAUUCCUGGUCGGACUCAGCUUCUAGGAACUCCCGCGGAAGAGAACGGGGGUGGGAAGGCCAAGCUGAUAGACGAGGGCGCUUACAAGGGCGUUGACAUCUCGUUGAUGGCUCACGCAGGCCCAAAGAAACUUUUCCCCGGGGUAGCAGAAGAAGGCAUCGGUGGAGUUCUCAUGAACGCCCGCAAGGAAAUCCAUUGCGAGUUCACCGGAAAGAGUGCCCACGCAGGAGGUAACCCCUGGGAGGGUGUCAAUGCACUCGAUGCCUUGGUGACCUCUUACAACAAUGUUGCAGUCCUGCGACAGCAACUUCAGCCUGACGAGCGUGUACAUUGCGCCUUCCUUGACACCCCCAAAGUCGCUAAUGUGAUUCCCUCAUAUACGAAAGCAUACUGGCAGGUUAGAAGUCCGACAUUGAAAGGACUGAAUAAGUUGAUGGUCAGAGUACGGAAUUGCAUAGAAGCUGGUGCACUGGCGACGGGAUGUGAGGUGAAGAUUGUCGAGGACCAACUAUACACUGAUAUCAAGAUCAAUGAUACCCUGUGUGAUCGGUAUCAGUCGCACAUGGCUCGAUACUCUCGCAGCGUGCUCAAGAGUCAUGAUAAAGUUAUGACUGGGUCUUCGGACAUCGGCAAUGUCAGCUACAUCCUCCCCACAUUGCAUACUAUGUUUGGUAUCCCCGCGGCCGACGGCUCAUUCCCUCAUCAUCCGACUUUUGCCUCUGCAGCAGGUACCGACGAUGCCCACGAGGAGGCGGUUGUGGUUGGAAAGUCACUGGCCCUGAUCGGAUGGGAGAUGUUGACCGAUAACAAGCUGUAUGAGAAGACCAAGACGCAGUGGGAAAUCAGCAUUCGUGAAUGA